AUGGCGUCGGCGACACAUCCUCGCAUCUCGACCGGCAGCUUGAACGGCCGAGUCAAUGGAAAUGGAACCACUAAGCGUGUAGCAGACGAUGACGACAGUGUUGCGACGGAGCAGUUCCCAGCCUUCGACCCGGCCCACGACGGCAGCGAGGACGAUCUCGCGACGAGCAAUCACAACUACACCCACGAGCAACCCAACGCCAUGACGAAUGGGGACACCAUGGACAGCAACAACAACAACGAAGUGGACGAGGGACAACUCGCCUCGCAUCGUGUCGCCGACGACGAUCACGACGACGCUGAUCACCCGUCGACACCCUUGUCGACCGUUGAGCCCAUUCCCGAACCCGAACACCAGAGUCACCAUCACCAUCAAGACGUGACUCCAGCUGCAUCAACCUUGACCUCGCCUUCAGUAACAUCACCGCCAUACUGGGCGCACGGUCACACCAUAAACGGCGACGGCGGCGCAUCACGGCACGGCCACGGCAAUCAAUCCACGGAGAGCCUCGUGCCAGGCGCCAUCACACUGCAGGAUAACGAGGCGGAUGACGACGAGACCAACCUGCAGCGCAACUCGGAGGAGACCCGGACAUCAUACGGCCGCGACAGGAACAGGGCGUGUUGGGCCAAGAGCGUCGAGGUGACGAACUACGUGAUCGUGAAUAGUAGCGCUACCAACAUCGGGGCGUUCGUCGUCUGGAACAUCAGAGUCCAGACAUUGAGUGGUCCGUUCAUGAACAUAAGGAAACGUUACUCGGAGUUCGAUGACUUCCGACACCAGCUGAUAAGCACCUUUCCCAACUUCGAGGCGGCAGUACCGACACUACCGCCCAAGAGCGUAAUAUCGAGGUUCAGACCCAAAUUCCUCGAGAAAAGAAGAGCCGGGCUCCAGUACUUCUUGAACUGUAUCCUGUUGAAUCCGGAGUUCUCUGGGUCACCUGUGCUCAAAGACUUCUUGUUCGCUUGA